AUGACCUCAAAUCGCCCCUCUUCGACCUUACGGUCGCCUUCGAUUCUAAGUGAGCGCCGCGAUUUCCGCAGAUUGUCUGGUCGCUCCGUGUCCUCCCCUAUUGAUCCCGAACCGGCUCCCGACGUCCAACCCACUGCAAUCACCGAGGAAAUUAGUGAGAUCAAGCGCUAUGAGGAUUUCACAACUAUAGAUUGGGUUCAAGAUGCGGUAUAUGAACAAAGUGCUCGCCGUGCUAAGCGGCGGAGUGGUGGGGGUUUCUGGGAUCAAGAUGGUGUCCUUGGCUGGCGACGUAAGAUGCGCGAGUCUUAUGAAGCCGGACAGGCUUGGCUGGUCGUUACACUUGUCGGAAUGGCAAUUGGACUCAACUCGGCUCUAUUGAACAUUAUCACCGAGUGGUUGUCGGAUAUUAAGCUUGGCCACUGUACCACCGCUUUCUAUUUGAACGAGCAGUUUUGCUGCUGGGGUGCUGAAAAUGGUUGUCCCGAGUGGAAACAUUGGACUGGUUUCUGGCCGUUCAACUAUGUGGUUUACUUCUCUUUUUGCAGUAAAGCUUCAUUCCCCGCGCACCAGAGUCAUUAUAAGCUAAAAUCCAACCAGGUACUAUUUGCUUCCAUUGCAGCGAUUCUCGUCAAGUCCUUCGCACCAUAUGCCGCAGGCUCCGGGAUAUCAGAGAUCAAAUGUAUUAUUGCUGGCUUCGUUAUGAAGGGUUUCCUAGGAGCCUGGACCCUCCUGAUCAAGUCCAUUGCUUUGCCAUUGGCCAUUGCGUCUGGCCUUUCCGUGGGUAAAGAAGGACCUAGUGUUCAUUUCGCUGUCUGCACAGGGAACGUGAUUUCUCGAUUUUUUGGCAAAUAUAAACAGAGUGCGUCGAAGACGAGAGAAAUCCUGACUGCCUCGGCGGCUGCCGGUGUGGCAGUGGCUUUUGGCAGCCCGAUUGGAGGUGUGCUAUUCUCGUUAGAGGAAAUGGCGAAUUAUUUCCCGCUCAAGACUCUCUGGCGUAGCUACUUCUGUGCCCUGGUGGCGACCAGUGUGCUGGCUGCUUUGAACCCAUUUAGAACUGGCCAGCUGGUCAUGUUCCAGGUCUCAUAUGAUCGUACAUGGCACUUUUUCGAGCUCAUCUUCUUCGCAUUUUUAGGUGUAUUUGGUGGUCUCUACGGUGCAUUCGUGAUGAAAUGGAAUCUUCGCAUGGCUGCGUUCCGCAAGAAGUACCUAUCCCAAUGGCCUAUCACUGAGUCCGUGGUUCUUGCUGCUCUGACUGCCGUCCUCUGUUAUCCCAACAUGUUCUUGAAGAUCAACAUGACGGAAAUGAUGGAGAUUCUCUUCCGCGAAUGUGAAGGUGGACACGACUAUGACGGACUUUGCGAAUCCAAAAAUCGCUGGUCGAUGGUAUUUUCGCUGGCUAUUGCUACCAUUCUACGAACUGGAUUGGUCAUCAUUUCCUAUGGAUGUAAGGUUCCGGCCGGUAUUUUCGUUCCGUCGAUGGCCGUUGGUGCAUCGUUUGGUCGCAUGGUGGGAAUCAUGGUGCAAGCACUACAUGAGUCUUUCCCCAAAGCCUCAUUCUUCGCUUCAUGCGAGCCAGAUGUUCCCUGUAUCACUCCAGGCACAUAUGCCUUCCUGGGCGCCGGUGCUGCCCUAAGUGGAAUCAUGCACCUCACCAUAUCCGUGACGGUUAUCAUGUUCGAGUUAACAGGAGCACUGACUUAUAUUCUACCGACCAUGAUUGUGGUUGGAGUAACCAAAGCCGUUGGAGAUCGUUUCGGCAACGGCGGUAUCGCAGACCGAAUGAUCUGGUUUAACGGUUUCCCGUUCCUGGAUACCAAGGAAGAUCACGUCUUCAACGUUCCGGUAUCACACGCGAUGACAACGGACCCGCUCACACUGCCUGCUUCAGACUUCCCAGUCCGCGAGGCAGAGCACCUAUUAAGUGACAACAAAUUCCAGGGUUUCCCGAUCGUCGAAGACCGCAACUCCAAGAUAUUGGUCGGCUACAUCGGACGCACGGAGCUGCGAUACGCCAUUGAUCGCGCACGCAGUGAUGGACUCGUCUCACCCCGCGCACGAUGCGUCUUCACCAAGGAAGCAGCCGAUGCAACAGUCGCACGACGAGCAUCCGUCUCACAGACGCGAAGCGCCAAUACCUUCGACGACAUCCAUCACAGCGUGGGUGCCGGAGUUGUUGAUUUCUCACGGUAUGUCGACCACACGCCACUGACCGUGCAUCCGCGCCUCCCGCUCGAGACCGUCAUGGAAAUCUUCAAGAAGAUGGGCCCGCGCGUUAUCCUUGUCGAGCACCGCGGUCGUCUGAUAGGCCUGGUCACUGUCAAGGACUGCUUGAAAUACCAGUUCAAGGUCGAGGCGGAAGAGCACGCUCUGGCUGCAACCAGCUCAUCCGAGUUUGCCUCUGCCCCAUUGGGCGGGCAUCUCAAUACCUCUGCGCCGGAAACACUAGAGGAUCGUCUAUGGCGACUCAUCCAGACCGUCGCUGGCUUUGUGUCCGGGAAAAUUGGACCCAACCGGUCUGUACGACUACAAGACCGACGCCGGCCAGUGCCAGCAUCAUCAGGGUCGGGGAUCUUGGAUGGUACCGAAGACGACGGGUUGGUGGAAUUAGAGGAGAGAGAUGAGCGGCCUGGUCGCUGA